AUGUCAAUCCUGCUGUUGCUGUACCAUUUAUUUCAUAUGAACAAUAUUUGCAUUAAUCCCAAGUAUAUUACAAUUGACUUCGCACAAGCAGCUAUUAAUGCCAUCACAUUAGUUUUUCCAAAUGCCACAAUCAAAGGAUGUAAUUUCCACCUUAAUAAAUGUAUGUACACAAAAUUACAAGAAUUGGGGUUUCAGUCAUCAUUUAUUAAUGCCAAAUCAAGUGAUCCAGAUGAAAUUGAUAUAAGAACUCUUUAUAAGAAAACAUGUGCACUUGCAUUCAUGCCACCGCAAGAAGUUGGAAAAAUAUGGACAUUGAUUAUGGAUCAAUUUCAAGUUAUUGAGCAUAUUGAAGUAUUUUACGAUUAUGUCACAAGUACGUGGGUGGAUGCCGAUGCGUUGUUCGAUUUAUCAUUGUGGAAUUAUUUUGAUUUUAAAAGUUCAAGAACAAAUAAUAGCUUAGAAGGUUGGCAUCAUCGAUUAAAUACUGAUUUAAAUCAUAUCAUACAUCCACAUUUUUAUAUGUUUAUUCGUGCAAUUCAAAACGAUUAUGCUUAUAAUUCAGCAAUAUCAUCACGUCAUACAGCCACCGGCGCAAUACCACCAAGAAAAAAACUAUUUGUGAAUCGAAAUGCACGAUUACACGAUUUAGAAAAUCGUUAUAAACAACAAACCUUAACACCGGAAGAAUAUCUUGAAAAAGUGAUGCGAUUAAUUGGUAUCAAAAAAUUUUGA